AUGGCUUCCAAGAUCCUGCUCUCCCUCCUCGUCCUCGCCGCGGUCUCGCCCGCAGAGCUGGCAGCCUUCGACGUGAUUCAGAUGCUCGUCGACAAGCCCCAGUACGCCGGGUUCUCCAAGGUCCUUGAGCAGACCAAAGUCGCGGGGGAGGCCAACCAGCUCAAGGCGGCGUCGCUGCUGGUCGUCCCCGAAAAGACGGUCAAGUCCCUGGUGGCUCUGCCCGCUGACAAGCUGCGGCAGGCGGUCGCGAACCACGUCCUCCUCAGCUACUUCGACCCAAUUAAGCUGGACGAGAUGAAGACCCGCACGGCGCUGCUCCCCACGCUCCUCUCCAACACCGACAAGGCCCUCGGAGUCCUCAACUACUCCAAGGCUGACGACGGCCAGAUGUACUUCGGCGCCCCCGGCGCGCCCUGCGUCGCCAAGCUCGUCAAGGUCGUCGCCGCGCGCCCCUACACCGUGUCCAUCAUGGAGAUCAGCGAGCCCAUCCUGCCGCUCGGGUCCGGCAAGCCCGACGCAGCGCCCGGGCGCCGCGGCAAGGGUGGCAAAGGCAAGAUCAAGCCGGCGGGCCUUGACGAGUCCAGUGAGGUCACCGGCAAGACCGACGAUGCAGCGGGCAAGGCAGAAAGCCCCGAAUCCGCGGCGGCUGCUCCAAGUCCAGCGUCUUAG